AUGAGCGCGCUUUUAGAGACCUCCCUGGGCGACAUUGUAAUUGACUUGUUGGUCGACGAUGCACCCAAGGCGUGUGACAACUUCUUGAAGCUAUGCAAGCUCAAGUACUACAAUUUCUCGCCCAUCCACAGUGUCCAAAAGAACUUCACCUUCCAGACUGGCGACCCGCUCGGCCCUGAUGUACCCGAGAGCGAUGGAGGAUCUUCAGUAUGGGGUCUGCUGGACGGACCGUCGAAACGAACAUUUCCCCUCCAGGUAUCGCACAAGUUGAAACACUUGGAACGCGGCACGGUGAGCAUGGCGACGGUACCGGCUAAGAACGAUCCCGACCAACGAUUAGCCGCCAGUCAAUUCAUCAUUACACUUGGAGACAAUCUGGAUUAUUUAGAUGGAAAGGCCGUGAUUUUCGGCAAGGUCGUUGAGGGCUUCGAUGUCCUGGAGAAAAUCAAUGAUUCCUUUAUUGACGACCGAGGUCGACCACUGAAGGAUAUUCGCAUUCGUCAUACGACUGUCCUUGACGAUCCCUUCGAUGACCCGCCAAAUUUGGUUGAACCACCUGAAAGCCCGGUACCCUCCAAAGCCCAAUUGGCCACGGUCAGAAUCGCGGACGAUGAGGACUUGGAUGAUGAUAUGGAUGAAGAGGCUAUGGACAAGCUGCGUCGCGAGCGUGAGGCUCGCGCGCAGGCGCUAACAUUGGAAAUGGUGGGAGACCUGCCGUUCGCUGACGUCAAGCCGCCAGAGAAUAUUCUUUUCGUUUGCAAGCUCAACCCGGUCACACAAGAUGAGGAUCUAAAUCUUAUUUUCAGCCGCUUUGGAACGAUCUUGUCUUGCGAAGUCAUUCGAGACAAGCGCACCGGUGACAGUCUACAAUAUGCAUUUAUUGAAUUCGAGGAACAGAAGGACUGUGAGCAGGCCUAUUUCAAGAUGCAAGGUGUCUUAAUCGAUGACCAUCGGAUCCAUGUAGAUUUCUCACAGAGUGUAGGAGCUUCUUGUCCCUAUUGUCUAGACCAAUAUGCUAAUCCAUCUCAGGUAUCCAAGUUAUCUGAAAGCUGGCGCAAUUCCACUGUCACCAAGCGCCGACAGAGAGGCGGAUUUGGUGGUGUUGCAGAUCUUGAAGCGAAACGCCAGUACCGAGAGCUGGACGACGCGCCUCCAAGUGAGGAUGAUUCUAGGUACCGGAUGAUGUUUGACAAGAACAAGAAAAGGGGCGCUCCAGCUCCAAUCCGCGAGGCUCCGCGGGGGCCUCCGUCGGAUCGUACUCGCGUUCCUGGUCGAGAUCGAGGGAGCCGAAGCCCCCGUCGAGAUGAACGGGAUCGAUACCGUCGUCGAUCGUAUAGUCGGAGUCCACGAAGAGAUUCACGCAAGGAAGGCCGUUACAAUAAUCGUGAUCGAAGAUAG